UUUGUUUAUAACCGUUUUUCAGAAUUUCAAUCAAAUCACAAAUAUUUAUUAUCAAUCAAAUUUCUUAUUAAUUUAUUAUCAAAAAUGGAUGACAUAUUAGAAAUAAAAAAGCAUUACAGUUCAUCAGUGCCUGAAAGUGAAGAAAGGCAUCAAUUAUUCCGUACAUUUAAAAUACGCUCUGAAAAGUUUUGCUAUCAAGAAAAUGAGUAUUCGGCAGAAGAAGAGAAAAGAAUUAAAGAACUCAAAGAUCAUAUUCAAAAACAACAAGAAAAAUUGUUUAUGGAAGAUCAAAAGUUGAAAUCGUUGAUGAAUGAUUUAGCUCAUCACAAUGAUAUACUAAAAGAAUUAGGAAACCAACAUAAAGAAUUACUGACAGAAAAUUAUGCACUUGAAAGAUCUAACAGGGAAUUACAAAGCAAACUUUCAAAGCCAAGUGUAGCUGACAAGAAUAUGUUAGACGGAAAAAGGAGAGUUUUAGAUUAUUAUAAAACUUUAACUGGCGUCAGAUGGGAUUAUCCAAAUCUUAAAACUGCUAUUAAAGGCUAUGUCACAAACAAUGAAAACUACGUUCAUCCAUUUAAAUUCGAUUAUAAUGAUAAUUUAGUAGAAGUAAAUCUUUGGAAAGAAAUUGAACGAUGUGCAGGAAAACUUGAAAAAGUACAUGUAUCGGAGCACAAAGAGAAUUCUAAUCCUAAUCAGUAGUCUAUAAACUACAAACUUUUAUUACGAGGAAUCGUUUUAGUUGUUAUAUUUUUGAUAAGUGAAAAAAUAUAACAAGCUAUGGUCCAAGCAAAUAUGCAAAAAAUGCCUAAAACUAUGAUUGUAGAAAGAAGACAAAAAAGUA